AACAAUGAUGUCAUUCAUUAAUUCAUUCAGUGUUGAACACAUGAACAUCACAAGACCUGCUUCGCAAGAGUUCCUGUUGUUUCAUCAUACCUACCGGGUGACUUCCCAUAUACCGUUUAUCACACCUGACUCAGUACAUAAUGAUAGGCGCGCCUGCAGCCAGACGUGGUAGUAGUUUCCAGUACCGUAGCAGAGUGUUUUGUACUUGAACCUUGAAGACUUUUGCCUACAAAAAGCCGGUAUCUUCCAACGUUCUAGUUGGGCAGGAAAGCGUCUACACCUAACGUUACUACCAGCAGCUUGCGGUCGUCAUUUUUUGUUUUCUUUGACAGUCGCUACGUAUCCAGGAUGGAAAGACGUGCCCAGACCACCACACGGCACCGCCGGCUGACAUUUUGCUGUGGCUGGGAAGUUUCCGUCUCUGUAGCUAACAUCAUCUUUGCCUUCCUCGCUGUGGCUGGACUGGUGACGCAGAACGUCGCCCUGCCCCUGUGGAUAGACGCCGCUACGCCAGGCCUGCCCAACGCCACGUCAAACGGCACGUCACAUAACGGCACGUCAGCGCCUCACAUCGUCCCGUACUUCGUCUUCUCAUUCGCCAGCUUCUCUUUCGUCGUCCUCUUUGGCGUGUGUCUAGCGGGAGCUUUUCUCCUGGGUCACAUCACCGAGACGGACCUGAAGUUCCCGCACACCCUGCUGUUCCUAGUGGGGCUGUUUGACGCCUUGAACGGAGUGCUGGUAGUGAACGCCUCCAGCGGGUCCAGAACGGCUCCGUACCUACAGGCCAUCCUGGGAAACUUCUCCAUUCCCAUUACUAUACUGCUGAGACUCUUGGUUCUGAGGAGGAAGCCCACACAGAGGAAGUUCAUCUGCUCCAUGCUGGUCCUGCUGUCCCUGUUCGUGUGCCUCCUACCGAAGAUGAUCCCGGCUCUGGGCGCGGACAAGGCACCGGGCGCCAAGGGUGUCGCCGGCGUGCUCUGGCCUCUGUGCUUCAUGAUCGGUUUCGUGCCUGCGGCGGCGAUGAACGUGAUCGAGGAGAAGGUGAUGAAGAUGACGAAGGGAGCACGCCGGGAGCAGAUCAGCCUCAUCUGGUUCCUGUUCUGGGAGUCCGUGUACCAGUUCCUGUGCGCAGCCGCGCUGUUCUGGACGGACAUCAUCCCCGGGUUCGGUAACAGCGCAGACAUACACGACUUCGGCGAAAAUGUUGCUUUUGGCUUUCUUUGUUUCUUCGGCGGACGGGGCUGCACGAGCGAACCCGGCACCAGAGGGACCGUCUUCAUCCUGGGGUACGCCGUCAGCUACUUCGGCGGGGGCCUGUUACUCCGGCACGCCGAGGGCGCCACAAUGCUCGCACUGGUCUCGUCCCUCGUGACGCCACUAGGGUUCCUCUUCUGGACCUUGUUUGAAGAGGACCCGUUCCACUUCCAGGUUAACACCGGGAACGCCACCUGGUUCUCCCUGGGCGCACUGGCCCUCAUGGUGCCCUCCAUCUACUUCUACAACACCGGACCGUCAGAACGUUCCACCGAUGCCGGCACGCAGAAGACAGACCCAGAGAAGACGCCACUUAUCACAUCACAUGUCCAAUAUGCUAAUAUUUAACUUCGAUGGGAGACACAAAAAUUGUACUUAUUUUUAACAGUAACACAUCAAUAACAGUAUUUAGUAUCAUCACCCAUUUUCAUGUUUCAUAUAUGAAUAUAUAUUCAAAUUCAUCUCUGUAUGCAGAGUAACAUAGAGCUAGUAAAAGCGCCGUGUUCAAGUCGUGACAAUCGUACUGGAUGUAACGUUAUAGUUCAUUGUCAGUGCAGAGGCGCCACCUAGCAGAUUGCUGUACAAGUACAGGGACAGUUCUCUGUCCCGAUGACGUGAUCAGCACCAUGGACAUUACCAGUCUUUUUACCUCCACUGAAAAUAUCGAUUUAAACAAAUCACAACAGCAACUAUAUUUCACAACACAGUUCACUUUGUGUAGUUUAUAGCUUAUGCAUUACUUUGAUUGCAGGACAAAAAAAUUCACCACAAUUUGAAGAGCGAAUUGAUUUCAAAUCAUAUUUUAUUAAACCAGAUGGGAAAUAUGGUUCAUGCUAGGCAUGCUGUGAAAACGAAUUUUUACAACUUUCCCAGCACUCACUGUAAAAGCAAUAAUUUCAAAUGGAUUGCAAAAAACAAAAUAUUGAUAUGAUAGCAAAGAAUACUGAGUGUGUACUUGUAUGAAAUUCAUAAUGUAACAUCAAUAUGGAUAUUGCUGACAUA